AUGUCCCGCCGGGCCGUGGGCCGGUGCGGCAGUCCGUGGACGUCGCAGCACGGAAUGGCAGCCGACACUGCCGCCCUCUUCUUCGUGGUCGCCGCCGCUGCCUGCACUCAUGCCUACGACGCCGACGCCCAGACACACCUGCAGCUGCAGCCGGACUUCGCGGCCGACGCCCCCGACUACGCCACCUUGCGGGGCUCUUGCACCCGGCGCUGCCGCCUGGGGGACGCGCGCACCUGCCACUACCGCUUCGUCCUCGAGCACUACCACACCAUGAACGCUGCGUGCGGCGGCUGCCCCAGCAACCAGACGGCUUGCUUCGCACCGCAGUGCGUCGCUGCAGAUGGCGUCGAGCGGGGCUUCAUCGCCGUCAACCGACGCCUGCCCGGACCUUCCAUACAGGUGUGCGAGGGCGACCGCGUCGUGGUGGACGUGGAGAACCGGCUGGCGGGCCACAGCACCGCCAUCCACUGGCACGGCGCGCUUCAGCGGUUCUCCCCACACAUGGACGGCGCCCCAGGCGUGACGCAGUGCGCCAUCCCGGCCGCCACCUCCUUCCGCUACGACUUCGUCGCCGACACCCCGGGCACGCACUUCUGGCACUCGCACGACGGCGUGCAGAAGCUGGAGGGCGUGGUGGGCGCGCUGGUGGUGCGGCAGGCGCGGUCGCGCGACCCCUGGCUGUCGGCGCGGCUCUACGACCACGACCUGCCGGCGCACGUGGUGGUCGUGACUGACUGGCUGCGCACCGCCGCCGACCACCGCCUGCCGGGGCUCCGGAAGCGGCGCGCCGGCCAGAACCCGGACGCCUUCCUCAUCAACGGACGCGGCAUCGUCACGGACUCUGUGCCGGGCCCGUCGCUGGCUUCGCUGGUGCGGCCGCUGGAGCCGUGGCUGGUGGAGGCCGCCCUGGCCGCCGUGCCGCCAGGUCGCCAGCGGCCGUGGCCGCAGGCGCCGCUGGCGCGCCUCCACGUGGCGGCGGGCCGGCGCUACCGCCUGAGGCUCAUUGCCGCCACCUGCCUCGUCUGCCCCUUCCGCUUCAGCGUCCAGCACCACCGGCUCUCCGUCAUCGCAGCCGACGGCGCGCCUGUCCACCCGCGCACCGUCGACGGCGUCGUCAUGUGGCCAGGGGAGCGCUACGACGUGGUGCUGGAGGCCUCGCAGCCGCCGGCCGCCUACUGGGUGCUCGUGCAGGGCCUGGGGCCGUGCGCGCCGCUGCGCCUCUACCAGCUGGCCACGCUGCAGUACGAGGGCGCCAGCUCCCGCCCUCUCACCAGGGACCCCGGCUACGCAGGGUUCGCCUCCGCCGAUGCCUACGCGGCGCCGGCACGCAUGCGGCCCUUCGACACGCCCCCGCACCUGCGGCUCGCCGUCUCCUUCGGCUUCCACUUCUUCUCGGCGGGCCGGCUGUUCGCGCCGGGCGUCUACCGCCGCUACUUCCAGCCGCCGCUGCCUGUGCUGGUGGCGGGCACCAUGAACAACGUGUCGUUCGUGACGCCGGGCAGCCCGCUGCUGACCCAGCUGGACGACCUGCCCCGGGGCGCCCUCUGCUCCGGGGUGGGCGAGGGCCGCAGCUUCGCAGAGUGCACGCACGUCGUCCGCCUGCCGCUCGGCGCCACCGUCGACCUGCUGCUCAUCGACCAGUCGCCGGUGAUGGGCGGCCUGAGCCACCCGUUCCACAUGCACGGGCUGCGCGCCUGGGUGCUGGAGGAGGGCGUCGGGCCCCCGCCGGCCGCAGAGCAGUGGCUGCCUCGCAGCGGCGCGCCCCCCUCCAAGGACACGGUGGCCGUGCCCGCCGGCGGCUACGUGCGCCUCCGCCUGCUCGCCGACAACCCGGGUUUCUGGCUGAUGCACUGCCACUUCGUGUACCACCAGCUGAGUGGCAUGGAGCUGGUGCUGCAGGUGGGCGAGCUGGAGGAGAUGGCCCCGCCCCCGCCUGGAUUCCCCACCUGCGGGGACUACCUGCCGCCCGUCUGA